CUCAUCUUCAUUUCCGAGCCUAAAAAGAGGAAAAAUUUCAAACCCUCGUCUCCGGCGGCGGCUCCAUGAACGUGUUCGCGGGGGUCGGCGGCGGCGCGGCGGCGAGGGAUGCGGCUCCCGCGGGCGAAGCAAGGGCUCUACUGGAGCUGACGCCGCACAAGAUUGCGGUGUGCCACCUGGUGCAGGUCUUCGCGCCGCCGGCGCAGGUGGGUGGCGGGGCGGGGCUGCCCUUCCCGUUUGACUCCGUCGGGCACCACAACCGCCUCGGGCUCUUCCUCUUCACGCUCACCCGGUCAUGCGAGGAUUUUUUGGAGCCUCCACUGGAAGAACUUUUAAGGCAGCUGAAGGCGGUAGAUGAUUUAGCCAAUGGUUGGCUCUGUGAGCAGCUGACAAAUACCCUGUCAACGCUGAACUCGCCUGAUGAUUUGUUCAACUUUUUCGAUAAGCUACGAGGUGUGCUCACUGCACCAGAAGGUGCAAGUGUGGAGGACGUAUUUCUGGAUCCAAAUAGUCAACUUGGAGUUUUUCUUCGCUGCUGCAUACUUGCCUUCAAUUCAAUGACCUUUGAGGGCGUGUGCCAUCUUUUGGCAAACCUUGUGGUGUACUGUAGCUCCGCUGAUGCUUCAUAUGACUUGGCAGAAGAUGAGGACUUCAACAGCGAAAUGAGCAACUUGAUGGAUGCAGAUAUAGGUGCUCGAGCUGGUACAUUUGACAAAUACAAUCAAGGUUAUGCUGCUGAGAGCCAUAUUGGGGAGAGCUCUUCAGCUCUAACUCAUGCACCAAUGUCACUCCAUGAUUUUGAUGAAGCUAAUAUUUUGAAAGCGGACGACAACCCGACGUGUCUGAGAUCAAGGUGGCAAUUAGAGGCAUACCUUAACCAACAAGCUGAUAUUCUUGAGAAGGAUCCCAGCUCAGUACCUUUGAAUUCAUUUAAUGCCACUAUGACACAGCUUCAGACAUUAGCUCCUGAGCUUCAUCGUGUCCAAUUCUUGCAGUACUUAAAUGCUCUUUGCCAUGAUGACUAUGUUGCCUCACUAGAUAAUCUUCACCGCUACUUUGAUUACAGUGCAGGGAUGCAAGGGCUUUUUAGUCGUUCUGUGUCUCCAUCCCAAGAUAUUAUUGUUGGAAAGUAUGAGAGUGCUCUGCUCUGCUUAGGCAACUUGCAUUGUUACUUUGGACAUCCUAAGAAAGCCCUAGAGGCAUUCGUAGAAGCAGUGCGUGUUUCUCAAAUGAAUAAUGACGACUCAUGCCUUGCCUAUAUAUUAGGAGCCAUUUCCAAUCUCUUAUCAAAGAUAGGAAUGUCAAACACAGUUGAAAUAAUCGGUUCUCCGUAUUCACUUGGGACCAAUAUUGGACUGGGCACACCAUUAUCCAUUCAGCAACAGUUACUUGUUCUUUUAAAGAGAUCACUCAAGAGAGCUGAUAUAUUGAAACUUCCAAGCUUACUAUCCUUUGAUCACCUCUCUCUGGCAAAAUUUGAUCUGAAGCAUGUCCAAAGGCCACUAGUCUCCUUUGGUCCUAAUGCAUCUACAAAGCUUAGAACAUGUCCUGCAGAUGUCUGUAAGAAUUUGAGAUUAAGUUCUCGUGUGUUGACUGACUUUGGAACUGAUGUCUUAUCUACUUCAAAUGAUAAUGGUAGUUUUAGUACUUCGUGGCUCAGGAAUCUGUCUGCUGCUUCUAACUCUUGGUGUAGCAGUUCUACGAAGUCCAGAAAAUUACAUAAAAAUGACUUUGACAAUUUCCAUUAUCAUGCACAACCAAGUCCAGUACCUGCACCUGUAUUGCAAUUAGCUGGUUCAACAUAUCUGCUGAGAGCCACUGCUUGGGAGCACUAUGGAAGUGCUCCGAUGGUCCGAAUGAAUGCUUUGGUCUAUGCAACGUGCUUUGCUGAUGCUGCAAGCUCAUCAGACCUAUCGCUAGCAUAUGUGAAGCUAAUUCAACAAUUGGCGGUAUUCAAAGGAUACUCAGCUGCAUUCUGUGCUCUCAAGCUUGCUGAAAAGAAAUUCCCAUCCUCAACAAGUUCACACAUCCAGCUCCUUAGAAUGCAAUUACUACAUGAGCGUGCCCUUCAUCGAGGGCAUCUGAAAGUUGCGCAACAAAUUUGCGAUGAAUUUGGCGUAAUGUCAUCUUCUGUUUGUGGAGUAGACAUUGAGCUAAAGACAGAAGCUAGUCUACGACAUGCCCGCACUCUACUUGCUGCAAAACAAUUUAGCCAGGCCGCAACUGUGGCGAACUCUCUUUUCUCUACAUGUUACAAGUACAACAUGCAAGUAGAGAAUGCAAGUGUUCUUCUAUUACUUGCUGAAAUAUAUAAAAAAUCUGACAAUGCUGUCCUUGGGCUCCCUUAUGCAUUAGCCAGCCAAUCAUUCUGCAAAUCAUUCAACUUAGAUCUGCUUGAAGCCUCAGCUACACUAACCCUCGCUGAAUUGUGGCUGGCUCUUGGAUCAAGCCAUGCAAAGAGGGCCUUGAGUCUUGUCUAUCAGAGCCUUCCAAUGAUUCUUGGUCACGCUGGACUUGAGCUCCGUGCACGAGCUCACAUAGUUUUGGCAAAGUGCCACUUAUUUGAUCCAAAAUUCUCAGUUUCUGAAGACUCUUCUGCCGUUCUGGAUCCUCUGAACCAAGCCACUGAAGAUCUGCAAGUUUUGGAGUACCAUGAGAUGGUGGCAGAGGCGUACUAUCUGAAGGCGAUGGCGUAUAACCAUCUCUGGAAGCUAGACGAGAGGGAGGAAGCUGCGGCGUCUUUCAAGGAGCACAUCACUGCCCUCGAAAAUCCGCUCAAGGAAGAGGACUCGCUCGUGUACUGAGGUCGCCAAAGGCCAACGAGACCAAGCCACCCGACUGCUUCUGCUGCCGUUGUGUGUAUACUGGUGUAGAAUUGUGCCGCUCCAGUUAACAGUGUGGUAAUUAUGCCAUAGGAUGAUAGGAAGGCCGACGUAUCAAGUGGAAAUUAUGCCAUCCUUGCCAUGUAAGCAGUGUGUUGCAACACUAUCAUCAUGACAUAUCAUGCUGCCCAAGAUGAACUCACUCAAUGAUGAGACGCUAUGCAUGGUCGAAACCCUUCCUGUGCCUGUAUUGUCCAUGGUUGAGACAUUAUAGUGCGAUGCAUUUUGGAUUGUGCAGCAGUGUCUGUAAGCUACUCGUGCUGUCCCAGUGAUAUGGAUCAGGAAUACGUGUAGCUGGUUUCCAUGUAUUGCUGACUUUCAUUAUUUUUCUAAAAGAAAUAUAACUGGUAUCUGGAAUGAGAUUUCACUGCUA